UCUGGUAGAGCUGCUGUAGAUCACAGAGGGUCAAUCAUCAUCAACCCAGGAUGGAAGUGACACCACUCUAUUGGAUACUCUUGCUUUUCAUCUCCAGAGUGGCUGCAGGUCAGUCUCCAGGUUCUCUGAUUGUCAGACCCAACAGAUCUCAGUUCUUUGAAUAUGAGUCUGUUACUCUAAGCUGUGAGGUUCUGGGUGGUUCUAAGGGAAGGAGACUAGAGAGGAACCCAACAAGUGGAAAGCGUACAAGAUGUGGUGAUGGAUGGGGGAGGGUGGAUGGAACCAACUGCAUCAUCUCCUCAACCAAAUCAACAGACAGUGGAGAGUAUGUCUGUGGCUCUGGAGAACUCAACAACGCUGUCAACAUUGUAGUAACUGAUGGUCAUGUGAUCCUGGAGAGCCCCGCCCUUCCUGUGACUGAGGGAUUUAAUGUGACUCUGAAGUGCAGAAAUAAGACAAAUCCCUCUGACCUCACAACUGAUUUCUACAAAGAUGGAUCCCUCAUCAGGACUGAGUCUACAGGAGUGAUGACCAUCCCUGCAGUAUCACAGUCAGAUGAAGGACUUUACAGCUGUAGACAUCCUGAACUAGGAAGAUCACCAGAGAGCUGGAUGACUGUGACAGGUGAGAAUAUGAACUAGGAGAAUCACCAGAUAGAUGGAUGACUGUGACAGGUGAG